AUGCCUCAAAACAUCCUUAUCACUGGAGCUGCUGGUUACAUUGGUGGCUCUGUUAUGAAUGGUAUUCUAUCUCACAACGAUCAGAAUAUGAAGAAUGCAAAGAUCUUUGCGGCCGUUCGAAACCAAGAUCACAUUGACAAGAUAUCCAAGCUUGAAAGAGUUCAAGCCCUCAACAUUGAUCUUACUGAUAAGACCGCCAUCGAGAGGGAAAUUGAACUGAACAAGAUCGACCUCGUUGUCCAUACAGCAGCAAGCUGGGAUCCCUCAAUGAUGAUCACAAUCAUUGGCGCCCUUGGGAAACGGCGAAGGACUAGCGGUGCCAAAACUUACCUAAUUCAUACAUCUGUUGCAAGCAUGUUUACUGAAGAAGGGGGUUGGCCUUAUGGCGAAGUGAGAGACACCGAUGCUAUUCUCGAUAAGGAAAGGGAGAUUGGACUGGAGAAUCCAGUACGAAAGACAAAUAUCUCCCUUGCAGACGAAGCCAAAGCCCAGGGUGUAGAGAUCUUUAACAUGGCAGUUCCCAUGACUUAUGGAACAGGGUCUGGAGAAGUCAGAAAGCUCUCUGUCAACAUACCAGCUUUGGUCCGCACUAGUGUCAAACUGAAGACGGUGUACAAAUUUGACAACGAUUCGUGCACAGGAACAGUGCACAUAGACGAUCUCACAGACCUAUAUGUUCUUCUUGUGAAUAAGAUCGUGAACCAGGAACCGAUCGCGGCCGAUAAUGACCGAUACUUUUUCGUCGUUGCGCAUCGCGAACAUUGGUGGAAGGUAAUGGACAAAAUUGCCAAGAAUCUUCACGCUCGUGGUCUUGUGACGGAACCUAUCCCAAAGAUCUGGCCGAACUACGACAUCGCAGCCGAAAGCCUCGGGUUCCCACGCAGGUUUAUCGUUCCUAUGUGCAUGACUAACGGAGAACUUGUUCCAGUCAAUGGAGACAAGCUAGGAUGGAAGCCUAAGUGGGAUAGCGAGGAGAAGUUUUUGGAUCUUAUUGACCAGGAGAUUGAUGACAUUUUGAAGUUGGACACAGCUGGAACAUCGCUAUUCAAUGAUCUGCUCAAGCAGUGA